CCCUCGGGGCCUCUGAUCAGCCGGCCCCCCCUCCCCCCCUCCCCCCCGGUCCGAGCAGCCUGGCCAUCCCCCUGCCUCCGGACGGGCCUCCCCGCCCCCUCCAGUCCAGCGGCUCCUUCUCCCGGCCGAGCCGUGAGCUGGGCUGAGCGCCGGCCGCGGGAGUCGGGCUGGGCGGGGAGGGGAGGCCCGGGCGAGGCGGACACGCGUGGGGCCGAGGGGGCGGGGCGGCCUGGGCCGGCUUCCCCGCAGCCAGGUCUCCGGGCCGGCGCCGAGUGGCCGGCCAGCCUCCGCCGGGUGUUUACGGCGCUGACCCCCACCCCGCCCCCGGCCCCCUCCCGGUCCCCGCUGCCGCCCCACUGCUUUCCUCCCUUCCUGGUGCCGGCGCGUCCCCAGCCCCCGCCCCUCCUCAGCUCAGGGCGCUGCCUGCGCUUCCCUCGGCUUCUGCCUCCUCCUCCUCCUCAGCGGCCUCGCCCGCUCUCCCCCCGCCCCCCGCCCCCCCAGCCCGGGUCCUAGGGGCUCGCUCUGCAGACAUGAGGGUCCUGGCCUGCCUCCUUGCUGUUCUGAUGGGGAUUCAGGCUGUGGAGCGGCUGCGCCUGGCGGGGGGCCCGCACGGCUGCGCCGGGCGGCUGGAGGUGCGGCACGGGGGGCGCUGGGGCACGGUGUGUGACGACGGCUGGGACCUGCGGGACGCCGCCGUGGCCUGCCGGGAGCUGGGCUGCGGGGGCGCGCUGGCCGCCCCCGCGGGGGCUUUCUUCGGGGAGGGCAUCGGGCCGGUCUGGCUGAGCGAGCUGGCGUGUCAGGGCUCCGAGAGCCGCCUGAGCCUCUGUCGCCACCGGGGCUGGAAGGCUCACAUCUGCUCCCACGAGGAGGACGCCGGCCUCGUCUGCGUGGGUCAGCGGGCCGCCAACUCGAGGCCGGAUUCGGCAGAGCCCCUGGACCGGGAGCUGUGGGCUGAGACCUCCCCGACCUCCCCAGCCCCGCCCCUAGCUGGGAAUCCGACUAGCAGCCCCCAGAAUGCCCUUCGGCCCCCCAAGCUGCCCAAGUCCACCCGGGCCCCUCCGCAGGCUUCCAGCGCUCCUCAACAGGGUGAGUGGGAGGGCCCCCAGGGAGGGCCCCCCCCAGCACAGCCUCAGCCCCUUCCCAGAGGUCGCCCGCUCCAUCCUCCCUUUCGUCCCUCCCAUCCUCCUCAUGAGCAGGAAAAUAAGGGAGAAACUGGGAAGGGAGGGAUCCCCGGGCCUCAGCUCCCAGAGAACUCUUCGUCAGCGGCCCGGGACGGGCAGGAGGCAGCCAAGGCCACAGAGGGACGGGGGGGAGGGGCGCGGAGCCCGAGUGGUGGGCUGGGGGCCCGGAGAGUAGACAAGAAGGUAAGCUGGGGGGCCUCAGGACCGCGGGGUCCCGAGGGGAGCGGUGCAAGGCUGACUCUUGCUCUUCUUUCUCCCCACGCUGUAGGCCCAGCCCCCCACCUGCGGCUGGCCGGGGGUCCCAACGGCUGCGCCGGGCGGCUGGAGGUGUGGCACGGAGGCCACUGGGGCACGGUGUGUGACGACGGCUGGGACCUGCGGGACGCCGCCGUGGCCUGCCGGGAGCUGGGCUGCGGGGGCGCCCUGGCCGCCCCUGGAGGGGCCUUCUUUGGGGAGGGGGCUGGGCCCAUCCUGCUGGAUGACCUGCGGUGCAAAGGGAACGAGACGUCACUGGGCUUGUGCCCAGCCCGUCCCUGGGGCCAGCACGACUGUCACCAUCGAGAAGAUGCAGGGGCUGUGUGCGACGGUGAGACCUCCUCUGCCUCCCCUCCGCCAUCCCUCCUGUCAGCUCGCCAGGCUGGGGAUCCCAGCCCCCUCAGUGCGUCCUCCUCCACUCUCCACAGCGUGAAGGCCCCCGGAGGGGGGAGGCUCUUCGGGGGGCAAAGCCCGCUCCACAGCUGUCUGCCUCUGGGCCUGCCCACGCCCGGCAGCAGCGUCGAGGCCCCGGAGACUCGGGCCCCCACUGCCGGGCUCCCCGCUGCUGCCUCCCCCACGGCCCUGCAGGAGCCGGGCCCCCCGGAGGGGGCCCCCCGCCUCCGCCUGGUGUCUGGCCCCGGCCGGUGCGCGGGGAGGUUGGAGGCCUGGUACGGCGGCCGCUGGGGGACCGUGUGCGACGACGGCUGGGACGUCCGAGACGCCGCGGUGGCCUGCCGAGAGCUGGGCUGUGGCGCCCCCCGGGAGCCAGGCCCGGCCGCCGGCCGCUUCGGCUGGGGCGAAGGCCCCAUCUGGCUGGACGAUGUGGCCUGCGCCGGGACCGAGGUCCGGCUGGCCGACUGCCCCGCGGCCCCCUGGGGGAAACACAACUGUGCUCAUAACGAAGACGUGGGCGUCACUUGCACGGGGAGUCUGGGCUCUGACACCGCUUCAGACCCCUUCAGCUGGAGCUGGGCCCCAGAGCCUCGUGGGGAUGGGCGGGACCGGCCCCUCAGGAAGUGGACCACUGAGAAGCCUGGGGACACGACCACCCAGCCGACCACCGGCAGCCCUGUGACAACAGUGGCCAAGCCACCGGGGAGGACCUCCCAGAGCUCCAAAAAGUGGGCUACAAAGAAACCCCGGAAACCAACCGCACGACCCCCUGGACAAUCAACCACUAAGAGCCCGAGGAGGCAGGCAACUCGGGUCCCACAAGGCCGGGUCCCCCCUCGACUGACCACACAGAUGCCCCGGGGCCGGACGUCUCCGGCCUCCCCCAAACCCACCACGCAGACGCUCCGAGGCCAGACCUCCCGGGCCUCCCCCAAAAUGACCACUCAGGCUCCCCGAGGCCAGACAUCCCCGGCCUCCCCCAAACCCACCACACAGACCUCCCAGGCCUCCCCCAAAAUGACCACUCGGGCUUCCCGAGGCCGGACGUCCCCGGCCUCCCAAACCUACCACUCGGGCUCCCCGAGGCGGACGUCCCCGGCCUCACCACUGCUGACCACUCAGAGCUCACGGCCCAACAUCCCCAGGACGUCGUCACAAAGACGGCCUCCCCCGGUCACCCCGCCGCCAAGCACUCCAGUCCCAGAGGAAGUGACUCCAGUGGAUCGCAACGAGAGCUCCCCUGACGCUGGCACUGGAACCCCCCGGACUUUGUCCACAAGCACGGCCAAGGAUCCGUCCCCACCCCAGGCCUGGCCGGGUUCAGGAGAGUCGGGUCUCUUCCGGCUGCGUCUCUCGGACGGGCCCGAUCGGUGUGCCGGGCGGCUGGAGGUGCGGCGCGGCGACCUCUGGGGGACGGUGUGUGACGACGGCUGGGAUCCCCGAGACGCCGCCGUGGCCUGCCGGGAGCUGGGCUGCGGCGGGAUCCGGCCCCGAGUGGGCAAGACCUACUACGGCUCUGGGACCGGCCCCAUCUGGCUGGACGACGUGGCCUGUGUGGGCAUCGAGGCCUCCCUGGGGGACUGUCCGGCCUCCCCCUGGGGGACCCACAACUGUGAUCACCAGGAAGACGUGGGGCUCACCUGCACAGGGGACACGGAGAAUGACGGCGAUCUCCCCUGGGCCUGGGACACCAGCUCCCGAAGGGGCGUGAGCCAGGGGAGCCCCCCCACGGCCCUGCCCGGAUCCACCGCCUCUCCUAGCCGCCGCCCCGCCCCCCAUGACCCCCGGGGCCGCCCAGAUCCAGAUGUCCGGGGUCGCUCUGCGGCCCCCGAGGAGGCCCCCGGCCCGGAUCUCCAGCUGCCCACGCUCCCCCCAGCACCUCCGACCGCUGAAUCGAGCACACAUUUGACCUCUGAUCUCGGACUGUCUCUGACCACUGACCUCAGUCCGCGGCUGACCCCUGAUUCAGACAAACAGCUGAACUCUGACCCCAGCCCACAGCUAACCACUGACCCUGACCUACAGCUGACCCUUGAGCCCAACCUUCGGCUGAUCUCUGAUGUCAGCCACAGACUGACUUCAGAUGUUGUCCUAGAACUGACCUCUGACCCCGGCUCACAGCUGACCUCUGACUCCUCCCCAAUGUCAGGGGUGACCUCUGUCCCUGACCAAUUAAUUGCUGAUCCGGGCCCAUGGCAGAGCCCGGACUUUAUGCCAGAGCUCACCUCUGACCUCACCCCUAAGGGAGAGCUCACCCCUUCCUCUGCCCCACAGCCAAUACCGGAUGUCGCCCCACAGUUGACAUCUGAUACCAACCAACAACUGACCAUCGAGUCCCUCUCACGACCGACCUCUGACCCUAGCCCACGGCUGACCCCUAACUCUCCCCUAGACCUGACCUCUGACCCUAGCCCACAGCUGACCACUAAAUCUCCCCUCGACCUGACCUCUGACCCUAGCCCACAGCUGACCACUAAAUCUCCCUUAGACCUGACCUCUGACCCUAGCCCACAGCUGACCCCUAACUCCCCCUUAGACCUGACCUCUGAUUCUAGCCCACCUCCCCUGGACCCGCCUCGCCCUACCCACGUGACCCCUAACUCCCCCUUAGACCUGACCUCUGACCCCAGCCCACAGCUGACCCCUAACUCCCCCUUAGACCUGACCUCUGAUUCUAGCCCACUGUUGACUUCUCCCUCCACCGCACCACGAUUCACUCCUGAUUCUAUCUCCCUCCUGACCUCUGACAUGUCCCUGCAGAUGCCUUCUGACCCCACCUCCACCCCAGUGCUGACCUCUCAGCCCCCGCGGCUGACCCCCGCCUUUAAUCCCACCCAAACUGAGCUGGAGCUUAGCCCAUCCCCAGGCCCGGAGAUGACCACCACCCCCCCCAGCGCCCACGGGCGGACCCUGCCCUUGCCCUCUUGGACAGCAGAAGCUCCAGAGCUCAGCCCCACGUCCCAGCCAGCCAGCGUGGCCCCGGCCAGCUCAGGGACGGCCCCAGGGCCCCAGCCUCCCGGCGGCGCACAGCCUCCCCCAGCCCCCGGCCAGGGUCCCCUCCAAGUCUCCCCGGCCCCUUCGGAGACGGCCAGAGGUCUCGGCCCUGCCCCCGGCUCCAGCCCUGCGCCUCCCCCGACCCCCACUGCCCGGGACUCGAGCCUCAUGGCGGCCGCGGUGCCCACCGUUAACCCCGGUCCCGUCCCCGCCCCGGCCCCGACUCCCAAGCCCGGCCCCGAGCAGCCCCCGGCAGCAGGCCCCACGGCCCCCCGGGACGUGGAGACAGGCCAGUGCGUGGGGGCCGCCCCGGCCGUCCUCCGAGUCAUGGCCUGCGAGCCGCCGGCCCUGCGGGAGCUGGUGGGCGCCGUGAGGGACGUGGGGAAGCAGCUGCGGAUCCUGACCCAGGCCGUGCAGCAGAGCCGCGCCGAGAGGAGGGCCGCGGGCCUGGAGCUGGGCCGGCUGGUGGAGGCCGUCAGGGGCCUGGGGGAUCUGGGCCAGGCCCUGCGAGGGCUGGUGGAGGCGGCCCCCGCCCCUGGGCUCCGGGAGGAGGAGAGGGAGGAAGCUCAUUAUCGCCGCCUGUUAAUCUCCAGCACCUGGCAGCAAUUAACACGGGGCGGGCGGGGCCCCCCCAAGUCUCUGCUCCCGCGCCCAGCACCACCCCCACUUCUGCACUUCGCUGGGAGAGCACUCCCUGCUUAA